CCAGGUGAGCAGCACGCACACUACUUCAUGGACCAGAAAACUGAAUAGGAAUAGAUUUAGAAGUGAAGAAAAAAGAAAGACAGCCUAAAGAGACAUCAUGAAGAUCUGUGUGUUCCGGCUACAAACUCAUCAGUGGUGCUUCCUAUUAUGUAACGUCAUCUUGUUUCAUGCGCUGCUGUUUGGCGGCGACAUAGUGGAAGAGUUUCUCUUGCAGUCGUCUCCCGCCGCCUACACCGACCGCUUCGUCCUGGAGGUCCGUGAGCGUGCGCGCAAACUGGACCUGACUGAGACCAGGCUCAACACUUCACAGCUCUACCCCAUUAACACCGAACCCUGCCUUCAUCAUCAGGACCUCCUCAUCCUCACUUUGGUCCUGAGUUCCCCCGGAAACUCGAGCCAGAGGGAGGCGGUGCGAAACUCCUGGGCCAAUCAGACGUCGGUGCAUCGUGUUGCCGUGCAAACUUUGUUUUUUCUCAGCUCCUCCCCUUUGGGGGCGGAGCUUGAGAUGGUGAGGGAGGAGUCGGUGCGUUACGGUGACAUCGUACAGUUCGAGGGAGGUGUUUCAAGAGGUGACUGGGAGAGAGGACACUGGGAGCAAGUUAAAAUGGCGCUUCGAUGGGUACUACUUUUUUGUACACAAGCUCGAUUUGUUGUGCUUUCUGAGGAUUCAGUGUAUUUAAACCUUCCUGCGCUUACUUCAUACUUGCUAGGACUGAGAACGCACCCUGAUGAUCUUUACUUAGGUAGGGUCAUCCAUCGAGCCGCACCUGAGCGGGACCCCGACAAACCACAUUACCUUCCCUAUCAAGUGUACCCUGAGAAAUACCUCCCAGAUUACUGCUCAGGCCCCGCCUUCCUUCUAUCUCAAGACGUUGUGAGAAAAGUUUACGUCGCCGCUGAGGAUGUAUCUUUGCCCCUCCCCUCCGACGUUCUGAUUGGCCUGUGUGCAAGACGGGCGGGUGUGGUGGCCACUCACAGCGCUCGGUUUUCUGGCGACCGACACAUUCGCUAUAAUCCCUGCUGCUACAACUUCCUAUUCAGCUCUGCCGGAAUGGGGGCGGGGAUGAUGGGCUUGGCCUGGAGGGAUUUAGGGGCGGGGACGGGGAGGAGCUGUGGCAUGCUGGAGACUUAUUACAGUUUGGUAGUGUGCAAAACAAUGACCUACCUGGAUAAGCUUUCUUUUCUGAAUAAUGAAAAAUCACAGGGGUAGAACGGAGGGGGACAGUUAUGUGUAUAAAUGACUGUAAAUAUUCAGUUUAUCAAAAAUGUGGCCCUGGACCACAAAACCAGUCAUAAGGGUACAUUUUUCGAAAUUGAGAUUUAUACGUCAUCUGAAAGCUAAAUAAAUAAGCUUUCCAUUGACGUAUGGUUUGUUUGUACAGGACAAUAUUUGGCCAAAAUGCAACUAUUUGAAAAUCUGGAAUCUGAGGGUGCAAAAAAAUCAAAAUAUUGAGAAAACUGUCUUCAAAUGAAGUUCCUAGCAAUGCAUAUUACUAAUUAAAAAUUAAGGUUUGAUAUACUUACAGUAGGAAAUUUACUAACUAUCUUCAUGGAACAUGAUCUUUACUUAAUAUCCUAAUGAUUUUUGGCAUAAAAGAAAAAGCUAUAAUUUUGACCCAUACAAUGUAUUUUUGGCUAGUGCUACUUAUGACUGGUUUUGUGGUCCAGGGUCACAAAUAUGCAAAGUAUUCAACUUUAUAUUUAGUGCAUUAAAUGUUUCUGUUACUCUAAAAGGCCUUAAAGUCAACAAAUCAAAUUUAAGGGGUAAGAAAUAAUAUGUUUAUUUAAUAAGGAUGCAUUAAAUUGAUCAAAAGUGACCGUAAAGACAAAAGUUAAAAAUGAAUUCUGUUUCAAUUAUUACUGUUCUUUUGAACUUUCUAGAGCAGCAAAUCAGCAUAUCAGAAUGAUUUCUGAAGGAUCAUGUGACACUGAAGACUGGAGUAAUGAUGCUGUAAAUUCAGCUUUGCAUCACAGAAAUAAAUUCAAUUUGUGCAUAUAUUCAAAUAGAAACCAUUUAUUUUGAAUUGUAAUAUUAUCCCAUAAUUUAACAGUUUUUACUGUAUUUUUAAACAAAUAAAUGCAGCAUUGGUGAGCGUAAAGGAUGUUUUUUAAAAACAUAAAAAAAUCGUACUGUCUCAAACUUUUGAACAGUAGUGUGCAUCACAUUAUAGAAGUAAAUUGUGUUGCAAACUUCAUCUUAACUCUAAUGAUGAUUCAUCUGUGUCAUAUGUACAACAGUGUUAAAACAUAAAAAGUGAGAGUGAAUUAUUUAUCGCUUUGUUAACAGAAUGUAACGUUUCAUAAAUCAUUAAAAAUAAAUGAUAUUCAUAUUACAGGUGACAGAUACAUUCUCGUCUCUCUUACUGAAUAUAUUCACAAAUAAUAAUAAUAACAAUAAUAACAAUACCACAGAUGAUAAUAUAAGUCAGUAUACAUUAAAAUGUUGUUGGCAUUU